AUGACAGCAGACACCACACAAAAAAGAAGCAAGCGUAAUCAACAAGGUUACGAAAGUAAGAACAACAACUACAACAACAAUAAAAUGUCCACGACCUACUCGAGCGUGGGCGGUACCGCCGUGAAGCGCAUUCGCGUUCCGCACCCGAACGAUGUCCUUAGUGGACGAGGAGGAGGAAUAAAUUCGCACGUGGGAAACGUACGGUUUCGCGAAUGGGUGGCAGUGCGCAAGAACGACUACACGCUGGCACCUUCCAAGGCUGACAAGGCACGCGUAGCCAAGGAAGUUAUUGACCUGGUAGAGCACCAAACCCCGCCCGGGCGGUUUCUGCAAAAAGACCCGACGGCAGUUGGUGGUGCAGGCUGGUGGGUGGAGAUCGAUGAAGAACGAGUCAUGGCGAAGACAUCGCAGGCUCUUCGUGAGGGCGCGCCACAGAUUCGAGCACUGCAUCGAGACGAGUUGGAUGAACGAAAGUCCAACUACGACAGACGGAGAAAGGCGGAUGCCAAACCCGAGAGUUCGGGAAAAAACAACAAACGCAGCCUUGAGGAGAUGAGGAGUGCGGCAUCUUCGCCAGCAACAACAACACCCGUAUCGAAUUCCAUAAGUCGCAUGCAUGAACAAGCCGUCAAUGAAUUGCGUGCCAACGCCGAAGCAGCUCGCGAAGCUAAACAAGUGCGCUUGGAGUACGGAGGAAAUGUUGUUCUUCCAUCGGAGGAAACCCCACCCUUGACUUCAACAAAGAUCGAAGAUAACGAUGCGAUGGUACUGCCACCACCUCUAGAUCUCGAUUGCGUUCCUGCCCCCCACAAAAACAUGAAACGAACACAUUCCUUAGCCCUUUCAGAUCUAGGGAACACGGAUGAUUGGUGUGCUACAGACUUUGUCAAUCCAUUCGAGGAUGAGUACGAAGCGCAAGAGUUCUCCUGGACACCGCCAUCGCCCCGUCCUGGGAUCCUGCGCGAAAGUAGCACGAGCAACAACAGUGACAUGGGCGGAAUUGGAGCGUUGAUGAGAUCCGAUUCCUCUCGGUCCAACACGUCAUCGUCCAAUCACAACACUUCCAACAAUGGGGUACGUCCGAAGAAUACCGUGGCCAAUAUGAGCAACAGGUACGGUAAAGACAGCAAGCAUAAAGACGAGAUAACUCCUCUUGACGAAUGGUGGGAUGUGGACUCCUACGUUCCCGUCUCGCCCUGA